AUGAAGAUAUCCAAGCUGUUCGCGGCUACCGCUGCCAUCUUAGGCGGAUUUGUAUCUGCUCAAGCGAAUGACGGGUCAGAGACCUUCAAAUAUGAGUCCGAUAUAACACGAUUAAGGUCUUUGGUAAUACACUCACUUUAUUCCCAUAAAGAUGUGUUCCUUCGAGAAUUACUAUCAAACGCCAAUGACGCUCUGGAAAAGCUCCGUCUUACUGCACUAACGGAUCGAUCAGUCUUAUCAUCCGGAGAAGGUAAUGUGACCAUCGAAGUCAAUGUGGACGAACGAUCGAAUGGGAAAACAGGUCAAAUCAUAAUUAGAGAUACUGGUAUAGGAAUGAGUAAAGAUGAGUUAGCUAGAAAUUUAGGUACCAUAGCUAGAAGUGGGACUAGUGAAUUUUUGAAAAAGGCUGAAGAAGGUCAAGGUGUUGAUGGAAAUUUGAUUGGACAAUUUGGUCUCGGUUUUUAUAGUUGCUUCCUCGUCUCUCCCACUGUCAGAGUCUCGUCUCUACCUCCUGCAACGACCAACAACCCCAAUCCCGAACAGUACACUUUCGUCUCUUCUUCGACAGGCGAUUCAUUCGAAGUCUUCCUUGACCCAAGGGGUAAAACUCUCGGUAGAGGUACUGAAAUCGUUUUAACCAUAGGAGAGGAUGAAGCAGAAUUCUUAUCCGUCGAUCAUCUGAAGUCCCUGAUAGAGAAACAUUCUACCUUCUCCACAACCUUUCCCAUAUACAUCAAAGAGCGCAACAUAUCAAAAGUCCCAACACCACAUCCUCAGUCGCCUGUCGAAGAUGGCGAUCCCGAUGAAUUUGCUGAUGAUCUUGAGACUGACGAGACUACCCCCAAAGAAGAGAACUUCGAUGAACAAGUCGAAGAGAACUGGAUCAGAGUAAAUGAUAAAGCCCCUAUUUGGAUGCGAGAACCCAAAGAGGUCAGCGACGAAGAGUAUCAGCAAUUUUACAAAGCGGUCGCCAAAGACGACGCUUCCGAAUCACUAGGAUGGUCGCAUUUCAAGGGUGAUACUGGUUCUGGAGUCUCAUUCCGUGCCAUCAUGUACAUUCCAUCAUCCCUUCCCAAGGACUUUUGGCAGAAGAUGACAAGUGGUAUCAACAAUGUCCGAUUAAUGGUUAAACGGGUUUUCAUUACCGAUGAUUUGGGAGAGGAUUUCAUGCCUAGGUGGUUGAGCUUCUUGAAAGUCACCGUUGAUGCCGACGAUCUACCCCUGAAUGUAUCCCGGGAAACACUACAAAAUAAUCGAUUCCUUUCGCAAUUACAACGUAUCCUCGUGAGGAAAGCGCUCGAUCUCUUCACCAAACUGUCGGUGGAUCAGCCUGAAAAGUACAAGGAGAUCGCGAAGCUUUAUGGUAAUGCCUUGAGGAUUGGAUUAUUGGAAAGUCCAAAGGAUAAGCUCAAGUUGGCUAAACUAUUACGAUUCGAGAGUACCAGAAGUGACUAUACGAGUUUAGAGGAGUACGUCGAAAACAGGAAAGAAGGUCAAAAGCAAAUUUACUACAUCGCUGGGGUAGGUGAGAUAGCUAAAGAUCUAGCUCGAUCACCCUUUGUAGAAAAGCUUUUCGCUAGAGGAUACGAGGUCUUACUCUUAAACCUUCCAUCUGAUGAACCUAUGAUGGCUUCAUUGGAUCAGUUCAUGGGAAUGACCACUCAAGAUGUCUCUAAGAAGGGACUCAAAUUUGGUGACGAAGACGAGGAUGGAGCCGAGAAGAAAGAGUUGGAGGCCCAAAAGGUCGCUUUUAAACCUUUGAUUGAGUGGUUGAAGAAGGAUUUGGCCGGUCAAAUCAGUGAUGUCACCGUUACCAACCGGCUCGUGACAUCUCCUUGUACCAUUAUCGUUGAUUCUUACGGAUGGUCAGCCAACAUGCAGCGGAUCAUGUCUGCUCAAACCGACGCUCAAGAUGAUCCAAUGUUCAACAUGAUGAAGAAUCUUCCUAAAGUACUAGAGAUCAACCCCAAAUCCCCACUUAUCGAAGGUCUCCUGGAAAGAGUCCUUGAUUUCCCACAAGACGAUUCGGAGGACGAUGGCGAUGUCAAGAGGGUUAGUGAAGAAGAAGAAGAUCUCAGAGAAACUGUUAGAGUUUUGUUUGACACGACACUCGUUAGAAGUGGAUUCAGUGUGGCCGAUCCUACAACUUACUUUGAGCGCGUCGAAGCUCUUCUUCGACGAUCUUUGGGUGUUUCCCUUUCUGCCACACCUCAAAUCAAAAUUCGACCUGCUCCACCAACGGCUUCUGGACCUAUACCUGAAGAUGAAGAAGAAAAAGUCGAAUUCGAUCCUCAAUCUUUGGGCAGCGAUCCUAGCCAAUGGAUGGAUUGGAAGGAUAUGAAAGAUCAAAUGGUGUUUGAUCAUGAUGAAUUAUAG